AUUUUGGCAUAUGCUAAUUUGCCAAGUUGUGGUCUUGGUUUUUCCUCUUCCGAUCUCACCUUCUUCUCAUUUCUUUCUCUCUCCAUAAUCUCUCAAAAUUUUCAACGUCUUUCCUAGAAAUUAGAUUACCAAAUUUCAUCUUAUUACGUAAUUUCAUUUCAAUUAUUAAGAUUAGAUAUAUCUGAAUUUUGAUCCCUUAAUUUCUUGUAAUUAUUUCUCUGCGGUUGAUUUGAAUUGAGGUUUGAGGUCUAAUUUGAGUUGGGUACGAAGAAUUGAGCUGGGAUAAACAGAGAAUUGUUUGAUUUCGGGUGAACAGGUUGAUUUUUUUUUGUGGGUUAGCUAAAAUUUUCUGGGUUAUUGGUGAUUGAAUGUGGAUUAUUGAAAAAAAAAUCGAGCUGGGGAGAAUUUGGGGAAGGAAAUGCUGUAUUUGAAGCAACCAAUGGUUCAGGAAUCGGGUGAUAUUGAGUUUGAUAAUUUGAAGUUGGAAAUUUGAAUGCGAACCUGAUAAAUUCCCGAGCCCCGAGGCUCGGGGAUCUGCCACAGACCGCAAAAAUAAGGAAAAUGGAUUCUCAGGAAGAAGAACCUCAACUUUUUUACCCUAGUCUCUCAUCAUCUCAGCCGUUUAUGCAAAAAUUCAGGCUUUACGAGACUCGAUCGAAAUUUUACAUGGUAGGAAGGGACAAGAGUAGAACAUAUUGUCGUGUGUUAACCAUUGAUAGGUCAGAACCAUGCGAAUUGAACAUCCACGAAGAUCCUGCAACAUAUACUGAAAGUGAAUGCAACGAAAUUCUGAAGCGGAUAAAUGAAGGGAAUAAGUCCACUGGUGGACUUAAGUUUGUCACAAUUUGCUAUGGAAUUGUUGGGUUUAUUAAAUUCCUGGGGCCUUACUAUAUGCUGAUAAUCACUGAAAGAAGAAAAGCUGGUUCAAUAGGUGGCCAUAAGGUAUAUGCUGUCUCAAAGAGCGAGAUCAUUUCGCUUCCAGAUACAGCCGAGCAAGCCCUUAUGAUGGACUCAAGGAAUGAAUACAGAUAUAAGAGGCUUCUAUCCAUGGUUGAUCUUACAAAGGACUUCUUCUUCAGCUAUUCAUAUCAAGUCAUGCGUACUCUACAAAGGAAUCUGUGUGAUAGACAGACAGGGCACAACCUCUAUGAAACUAUGUUUGUCUGGAAUGAAUUUUUGACCCGUGGAAUACGAAGUCAUCUCCAAAACACACAAUGGACUGUUGCAUUGGUUUAUGGCUUCUUUAAGCAAGAGACACUCUCUAUAGGUGGAAACCACUUUAAGCUAACUCUUAUAGCUAGGCGUUCACGUCAUUAUGCUGGUACCAGGUAUCUCAAACGAGGAGUUAAUGAUAAAGGGCGAGUGGCAAAUGAUGUUGAAACGGAGCAGAUUAUAUUUGAGGAUGUUUCUGAAGGAUUACCUGUGCGAAUUAGUUCUGUGGUUCAGAAUCGUGGCUCUAUUCCCCUUUUUUGGUCACAGGAGACUUCACGCUUAAAUAUUAAGCCUGAUAUUAUAUUGUCAAAGAAAGACCAGAAUUAUGAAGCUACGAGGCUCCAUUUUGAAAAUCUUGCCAAGAGAUAUGGCGAUCCAAUCAUCAUUUUGAAUUUGAUCAAGACGAUUGAAAAGAGGCCGCGAGAGACUAUUCUUCGAACAGAGUUUGCUAAUGCCAUUGAAUUUAUCAAUAAAAAUCUGCCCGAAGAAAAGCACUUGAAGUUCCUGCACUUGGAUCUAAAUAAACAUUCACGAUGCAAAGCUACAAAUGUGUUGCUCCUCCUAGGAAAAGUUGCUGCAUAUGCAUUGACGCUAACAGGUUUAUUUUAUUGUCAACUACUGCCAGCCUCAGGGUCUGGUGAUUUUUCAGAAUGUCCAUCUUCUGGGAACUUUAAGACAAGGGACUUUCCUGAACAGAAUGAUCCUCAUUCUGGUCAUGAGGAUGUUGAUACUGCCGAGGGAGAAGAUGCUGGUGAUGAUAAAGGCAGUGGAGAUUUUGCUGACAAGAAGCCAAUGUUUCAGAAUGGCGUCCUAAGGACCAAUUGCAUAGAUUGCCUAGAUCGGACAAAUGUUGCACAAUUUUCGUAUGGAUUGGCUUCCCUUGGACACCAGCUUCAUGCCCUAGAUAUGAUAGAUGUCCCUAAGGUAGACCUUGAUUCGCAGCUAGCUGAUAACUUGAUGGGGUUCUAUGAGAAAAUGGGAGACACUCUUGCACACCAGUAUGGAGGCUCUGCUGCUCACAACAAGAUAUUCUCUCAAAGAAGGGGUCAAUGGAAAGCAGCUACCCAGUCUCAGGAAUUCUUCAGAACUCUGCAACGAUAUUACAGCAAUGCGUACAUGGAUGCACAGAAGCAAAAUGCUAUUAAUGUAUUCCUGGGAUAUUUUCAACCACAGCAUGACAAGCCAGCAUUGUGGGAAUUGAGAUCCGAUCACCACUUCAAUGCAGGAAGAAAUGGGCAAACAGAUAUUGAUGAAAAUGGAAGGUCAUUAUUCAAAAGAUGCUGGUCGGAUGGAAACAUGCGCCGUGCAAGAGGUUCUCCCAUUUCAUCCAGACAUGUACGCCAGGAGAACUUUUCAAACUUGGUUUACCCUGAUUCAUCUAAAGGUUCUAACCAACUUCUGGUUGAGUCAUCUCCUGAUGUAUCUGUUCCAGAAAUUUAUACUUCAUAUUACAGGCAUCCCGCUUCAACUCCUCGCAAGCAACUUUUCGGAGAUGUUCAGCGAGAACAAUAUGUUGACAACGGUCAUGUCAACAUCCAUGAACGCGUAGAUUCAUUAGACUGCUCAAAUUUUGUAGACUUGGAUUGGCUUUCUUCUUCUGGAUAUUCGGAAGAGUCUUGUGAGAGGUCAAUGUCUAUGUAUUCUCCGCUUACUGGUCUGUCAUUGGAUAAUGUCAUGAAUGGUGUGACGGGAGAAACAACCCCAUCCAGCAGCCAAUAUGGAUCCAGCAUGAAAACAAGGGAACAAACGGAAGGAGAACUAUCAUGUGCCCAGGUUAACGAUUCUGUGCUAGAAGAAUUCUCUGAAAGCUUUGUGCGUUGGGUUGUAUCUGGAGAGACACUUUGCUUUUGAAAUUUUUUGAACUUUCCUCCUCGUGUCUGGGAAUUUUCGGUGUGGAGCUCUUCCUUUGAACUUCUCGUGACUGAAUUUCACACCCCUUCGUUGUUCGUAAGAGGGCGAAGAAGAAAAUGUCGAGGAGCUGUUUAGGCCAAAGAGCGAGGAAUACUAGUUUUUUUUUAGCGCGAAGAAAAUGUUGCUUCACCUGUGAAUUUGAAAUUCAGAAGCUCUGAUGAUGGUAAAUAGUCUGAAAUAGUUUACAGAUUCUUUUAGGAGUCAUUUUCUUUUAUCGCGAACUUAUGAAAGUUUGUUGUAAAUAUGUAUCCUUUGCUCUUCUUGCAAAGUUGCAAAUGUAGGCAGUUGAUUCUUUCCAUCUGUUUUAACAAUUGAACGAUUUAAUUUGAACUUCAUUCUGAAAAUGAUAGAAGAAAGAGGAUAUUAUGGAAUA